UGCAUUCGAGAUCUGCAUGUAUAUUCACGAAACCCGUCGUCUUUUAUUUUUCAUUCUAUAGAUAUCUGCCAAACUGAGAUUGGAAUAUCCCUGCAUUCACUGUACAGAGAAUAAAAAAAGAAAAGAAUGUGAAACACACCUGGUUUAUGUCAGAAAGGCACUAGGACCUUGUAGAAUAGUCCUGCCUUAUGAGUCAGCCCUAGAGCUGGAGCUCACAACUCCUGAAACCAGUGAAUGAGAGGACAGACAUGUGAAUGGCUCAGCUGGAUUUCAAAGCACUCUGUGGACUGGACUGUGCGAGGCUACAAAACAACUGGAUGAUCCAGGAUUUCACCACCUUAUGAUUGUCAAACCCACAGAAGCACAGGCUUUCCCGGCGCCUGCUAACUCACGAACGCGUUGCCUAGCUACAUACACGUCAUUGGUGAGCCGCUCACGUGACCCACCCGGAAGUCCUGGUUACAGACGCCGGGAACACCUCGCCUCUGCUCCUCAUGCUAUUUAACAGCAACAAAGCACCAUCAAGACUGCACUGCGUACAGAUGGUAUGCUGGGCCUCAACUCAGCACAGCGUUUGGACGGAAUAAAGGCCUCUAGAACAGAGCAGCUUUGCAUACUGUACACCCGAAGGUGGAUAGAGUAAUGUCCAUGUUGUACUACACUCUGAUUAUAGCAUUUCUGAUCGGCAUACAGGCUGCACCAAAGACCAAGGACCAUGCCCCAGCUGGGACAUCUACAAAACAUCGUAUUCAGCAUCACCACGCGCAUCGAACGAAGUCUCUUAACCGACAUCAUGGCAAAAUAGAGACUAAUGAACCUUCAGUCUUUCACAAUGUUACAGUGGACCCAAAACUUUUCAGAAAGAGGAAAUUUCGCUCUCCAAGGGUUUUAUUUAGCACGCAGCCUCCACCAUUGUCAGAGGACCUCCGGAACUUGGCAUAUUUAGAUGAUGAGGAGUCCCUCAACAAAACUAUUAGAGCCAAAAGAACGGUUCACCCGGUCCUUCACCGGGGAGAGUACUCUGUUUGUGAUAGUGUCAGUAUGUGGGUUGGGGAUAAAACCACAGCCACUGACAUAAAAGGCAAGGAAGUAACUGUGUUGGGGGAAGUCAAUUUAAAUAAUAACGUAUUCAAACAGUACUUUUUUGAAACAAAGUGUAGAGAUCCAAAGCCGGUGUCAGGUGGAUGUCGUGGGAUUGACUCAAAGCAUUGGAACUCCUAUUGUACCACCACGCACACCUUUGUCAAAGCUUUGACAAUGGAAGGGAAGCAAGCAGCGUGGAGGUUCAUACGGAUUGAUACAGCCUGUGUCUGUGUGCUCAGCAGGAAAGGCCGACCAUAAGUAGACACUUUCGUGCUGUCCCAGCUUCUCCCCACCCCUACCUCAGCCUGUAAAUUAUUUUAAAUUAUAUGGACUGCAUGAUAUAUUUAAAAUUUCUACUGUAAAAAGAGACUAUUUAUUAAAAAGUUUUCAAAACUC